UGUCGAUGGUAUACUGUCACCCGAUAAAAUGUCUUUUUGACUUGAUUUGCCGAUAAAUUUAUUUCAAAAUACAUUUUUAUAAGUAUGGGAGGUUCGCAGAGCUCACGAAAACUCACAGUUGAUAAUGAGAAUGCUAUACAAGUGUCUCAAGAAGCUCUAGACCGGAUACAAGCCCAGCUGAACGCCAAUCAAGCUCAGCAGGCUGUAUCACCACCACCUCCACCACCAACGCAAUUCGUUCCCUCAGAAUACUUCGAAUCGGACAAGCGUAAAAAAGAACAUGCAGCAGAAGAAGUGUACUGGGCACGACGCAUAGAGAAUUUGAAAAGGGCACACGAGAAAAUAAAUGCCAGCAUGGAUGUUGAAUACCAAAAGACUCUGAAGGAAGCCAAUGAGCUGUUCAACAUGGCACAAAAUGACAAAAUUGCUAGUAAACUGCCACCCUGCCAGGAUGAAAAAGCUAAGGUGCUGGAGUGUUACAGUACAAAUCCGAACAAGACCCUGCUGUGUUCAGUGCUAGUGAACAAAUUCAAUGACUGUGUCUGCCGAAGCCGAGUAGCUGCUGUAUCUGCGUCUUGAACAAUCCAAGAUGUUAGCCCCACUAUGUAUUGUAUCAUGUAAUAACAACUGCCAAUGAGAGUGCAUGUUACGUAUCAUGAGGUGUUGCCGUUUAAUGUUUUUCUACAGAAUGUGUUUGUUUGCUUCGAUAUUUUGAAAUUGAGAGUUAUUUUUUAUCAUAAUACAACUCAAAAUUAUAUGUUUGCCAAGUGAAUAUAAUGUCAACCUAUUUAUUUUAUGAUUAUUGUAAUUUGUCUGGAACUUAGUGCAUAGUGGGGUACUGUGUAAAUAAAUUGUACUAGAAGUUUGCACAUCAGGCAUACUAUAAUUACUAUGUAACAGGAAGGAAUGCCACCAGGCACUACAGAGUAGAUUUAAUAAAUAUUACUCUAAUAAACUGUUAAAA